AUGGCCCAAACAAUCCCAACCACAGUGAGGCAGUGGAAUACCACCGACCAGGCUGGAUUCGACUCCCUCAAGGUUUCCGAGCAACCCCUGGGAGAGCUCGGCGAUACUCAGGUCUUGGUCAAGAUCCAGGGCGCUUCUCUCAACUAUCGCGAUCUAAUCAUUGCAAUGGGCCAGUACCCAGGUGGAGUAUCCCCCAAUGUCGUUCCAGGCUCCGAUGGUGCUGGCACCGUCUUGGCUAUCGGAAAGAAUGUGAAGAGAUUCAAGGUUGGCGAUAAAGUCAUUACCCUCUUCAACCAAGGUCACAUUGGCGGUUCGCUGGACGCUCUGAGUGCGAAGACCGGCCUUGGAGGCUCCAUCAACGGCACCCUUCGCUCUGCCGCAGCUUUCGAUGAGCAAGGCCUUGUGCGUAUGCCCUCCAACUUGAGCUUUACUGAGGCAUCAACCCUCACUUGCGCCGGCCUGACCGCCUGGAAUGCACUCUUUGGUCUAGCGGAUAAGAAGCUCAUGGCCGGUCAGUGGGUCCUGACCCAAGGCACUGGUGGCGUCAGCAUAUUUGGAGUCCAGUUCGCCAAGGCAGCUGGAGCCAAGGUUAUUGCGACGACCAGUUCAAGCGAGAAGGCCAAGUUAUUAGAGAAGCUCGGCGCAGAUCACAUCAUUAACUACAAUGAAACGCCGGAAUGGGGUGACAAGGCCAAGGAGCUGACUGGUGGAGUUGGUGUCGACCAUGUUAUCGAAGUCGCAGGCCCAGCCUCGAUGCGACAGAGUCUUGCCAGCGUCAAGAUGGACGGUGUCAUCACCAUCAUCGGGUUUGUCGGUGGCCAGACCAAAGAUCAGCCAGGAUUCCUCGAGAACCUGACUCGACUUUGCAUCACGCGGGGCAUUCUCGUCGGAAACCGGAGCAUGAUGGAAGAUAUGUGCCGCGCAAUUGAGGCUAACCCUGAGACUCUUCGGCCCGUUGUUGACCCCAAGGUCUUCACCUUCGACCAGGUCAAGGAGGCGUACGAGUACCAGUGGUCGGGCAAACACCAGGGCAAGGUCUGCAUCGAGGUGAACUGA